UGUUUCUCUACGGAAAUAACCAAACGCAAACAGCGUUAUUGAUUUAGAGAUAUGGACAUUGAUUCAUCCAUGUCAUCACCCUGCUGGAUCAAUACCCCUUUAGAGUAGCAGGAAUGAACAUGUUUGCUGGGCAUGAAGUUUUGGUCAAUGUUUGUAUUGCACUAAGUACAAAAUGGCAGAAGAGACCGAACUGGUGGACGAGAAGAAGCUGACAGAGCUCUGUGUGAACCGUAACACUGUGGUGAAUAGCCCCUUAGAAAGAUCAAUCGCUGGAUCAAGAGGCACUGAGAAUAUCUCUGGAGAACACACAGCUGCUGAAUGUCUGAUUAUGGGUGCCUCCUUACAGCCAUGCAGGGAAAGCACUGAGGCAUUCAAAGUUCAGAAAGAGCCACCUAAACGAGAUGACAGCUACCCAUCUUCUCUUCGUUCCACCUCCACUUCCUGCAGCUCCUACAGCCUAGAAAUCAGCGUAUCCACAGCCACAACUAAUGACAGUAACAAAGAAUCUAGACCACUGCCUCUAAAGACACCGCCAGAGAGCAGAGAUGGUCAAAACCAUGAGGCCAAGCCCUCAAGUCCCCUGGUCGAUCAUAAACCAGUUUAUUCAGUAACGAAGUCUUAUAAAUCUUCAGAUCCCACUCCACUCCAAGAAAGGGAGCAGUUAGAAAAAUUAAAGUUCCGUCAGUACCCAGAUAAGCAUGACAUUUCUGAGAUUGUAACACCCAAGAGCCCAAAUAUAGAAUCUGGACUGGAGAAGACAUUUUUGUCCAUCCCUAGUGGUGAUGGGAAGGUAGGAGCUCAACCAGUGUCAACAAGCAAGCCGCCUGAAGCAUCUUCUAUUCAGGAAGUUGGAAAGCAUGACAGCUUUAGUACAGAGAAGCGAGCCAGCCAGGAGGAAGAAGACAUGUUUUAUGCAUUUGUAAUUCUGCAUGCAGAGGAAGACUCAGAAGACGCUGUGAGACUCAAGUCCAGGUUGGAGUCGAUCUCCUCAACAACUGGAGCGACUUUUUCUGAGGACUUUGCAGUGCCCGGCCAGUCCACCUUCAGGAGUGUGGAGGACGCCAUCGAGAACUCGGCCUACGUCAUGCUGCUGCUCACCCCAAACUUUAACACUCACCUAAAUGAGACAAACGCAGAUUCUGCACUCUUGAACUCAAUUGAAAAACCACACAAAUACAACACUGUAAUCCCUCUGCUACCCCGGGCCAAUGGUUUGACUCGUAACCAAAUGCCCUUCAUUUUGAGAACUAAAAACCCACUAGAUGAAAUGAAGGACAGAGACAUUUUUGAAAAGAUGGCCAAAAAGGUCUUGGACUCGAGAAACAUACAGAGACAGAAGUCAGUGUGGAGACAGGCACAACUAGUAAAGAAACAACGGGAAAAACAGCAGUGGUUGCAGGAAAAGAAACGGUACUGUAAGGACUUUAUUCAAGAGUCUCCAAGGGUCCGAGAGUUAGAGGAGCAAAUACAGCAACUGAAAAUGCAACAGCAACGCCUGCAACCUCCUUAUGCUCAACAGCCCAAUUCACACCAAGGUUUUCCUGGAAGACCACAGUCAUCUGGCCCCAUGCCUUUCCGAAGCCCAAGUCCGAUGCCUUCAUAUUACAGUGGGAAUAUGUGGCCACAACUACCAUCCAACAUCCACAUCCAGAAUGCUAAGUGCAUCAUGAUUGGGAAUAACUCCACCAUGACUGUGGGAGGAGGUGUAGACUCUGGGGAUGAAGAUAAUUUCUGAAAAGUGAAACACUGUCUUGAAUCACAAAAAUAAGUGCAAUUCACCUCACUAUAAGAUGGACCUUUUAGAUUAUCCAAUGAUUAUGAUUGAUAUGGUAUCACAGUUUCAUCAUUCCUCGGUGUAUGAUCGGGUGGUUACUUAACUGUUGACUUUUUGCACAAUACAUAAAAUGUCCAUUACCUUCUUCCAAUUCAUUUUUCAAGUUCCUGAUUGCAGUGGUUCUCGUCUUUUGUGUUUGGCUGCGACUCCCCAAAAAUAUCGCAACUGCCUUCCUCUGGACUCGCCCUUAAUAAUACUACAGCGACCUCAGUCUCUCCGCUCAGGUGACUUCGCUGAAUCCCUGUCUAAUCCUGUACUUUUGUAAACAUGUUGCGAUGCGACCUCUGUUGAGACUCCUCGCAUGUUUACAAUUCUAUUAUACACAACAUCUAUCAAACACACAGAAUAACAUGGCAUUGUAGACUCUAAUUAAACCUAAAAACUAUCUGGAGAUGUUUUUGGCUAAGAAGUGCUAUACACUGCCCUGCUAGAUGGAUUUUUAUUUUUAUUUUUUGGCUUAUUACACCACAUUUCCUCUCUGCCGCUCUCUCUUUCAGCUUGUAAGGACAAUUUACUAAAUACUAACCAUGUAAGAGAUUUUAUGGAAAAGUCUUUCUCAAAAACAAAGAACAAUUAUUGGAUUUGAGCUUUCCUUUUGGUUUUAUCACUGGCUUGUGUGUUUUUAAAUGGUUGAUUAGUACCAUGAAACUGUAAUAUUGUUUUAAACUAGGUUAUCAUAUUGUAAAAAUUGCAAAUGAUUCACAAAUUAUUGUAUAUGGCUGCUGGUCUGGUCAAAAAAUGAUUACCCAGGACUCAGAUUUUGUGUGGUCUGCCAUCAAAACAUAGUUAUUUUAAAAGGUGUUUAUCAGAACUGCAUCUGCAAUGUUUUUGACAAAUUCUCAAAUGUCCGUAAAUGUAUCACAUACUAAAAACAUAAAGUCUAUCUGUUUCUGCAAAUACAGUACUGAACAGAGGCUUGUUGGGCUUGUUUUUGGACAGCCAGAAGCAGGAGAUGAGCAAGAACAAACAAAUGAGGAAGAACAUCAGUGUCAAGAACAGAUUAAAUAACUUGACCAUGACUGUGGCAGGAGGUGGAGACUCUGGGUUUGAAGAUAGCUUCUGAGAUAUGAGAAUCAUGAAUGAAAAUUGGUGUGAUUAUCUGUCAAUCAGUAAUUUUGCAUGGAAUUGUGUUUUUCUAAUGAAAUAUCUGAUGAUUUUAUCUUCUAUGUAUUAUAUGUGGAUGACGGUAUGAUUGUGGUAUCCAGCAUAUCAUUAAUAAAAUGAUUAUCCUGGAA